AUGGCAGGACAUAUCGCAGCGGCCAAGGAUAGUAUUUUACAAUUAACAGAAUACAUUAAAAGUACAAAUCCAAACAUUAAAAUUGGCUUUUGUGGUUAUCGAGAUCAUUGUGAUAAUUCUUUGCGACUGCAAAUUUUUGAUUUUACAAAUUCGUAUGAAGAAUUUAGAAGGAAUUUAACUUCAGUGCUAGCCACAGGUGGUAGCGAUGGUCCAAAAGAUGUGCUUGGAGGACUUUAUGCAGCUAUAACUCAAAUGAGUUGGAAUAAUGGUACUAGAGUCCUUUUUCAUAUUGGAGAUUAUCCACCUCACGGUAAACGUUUUACUAACAUGCAAGAUGAAUAUCCAGAUGGAGAUCCAAAUGGGUUGACAGCUGAAAAUGUAUUAGAAAAAAUGAAAUCAGAAAAUAUUUUUUACUUUUUUGGAAAAAUAACAAAUUAUACAGAUACUAUGAUCGAAGUAUUUCGUAGUAUUAUUGGUGAAUUUUCAAUUUUUGAACUUGUAGAAGGAGUUCCAAUAGAAUUAAUUAAUAAAUUUGCCGCAGCUACGUCAUCUAUUACUAUGUCAGUUUCAUUAACCAGCACCAUUGAAACUAGAAGGAAUUUAAAUUCAUCACCACAAAAACUUGAAAUCGACAGAAAUAUUCCUGAUUGGGGUACUCGUCCAGCUAUAAAAGGUGCAACUUUAUAUUAUUAUAUUCCCGAAGAUGUAGCGGAACUUAAAAAUCAAAGAUUUUAUGAUAAAAAGAACCUCAUUUCUAAGACUUUUCAUUUCAAGGUCGCACAAAAACCAUUUGCUGUUGGUGUUGAAAAAUAUGCAUAUUAUGCUAUUAACACUAAAUAUGAUCCACCAAGGCGAAUAGUAAUGAAAGCAUACUUGACAGAUGGAACAGCAAAUCCACUUAAAAAGUAUCUUGAGUCUACGGAAAUUUCAGCUUUAACAAGUUAUCUUGCUAUAAAGUUUAAUUCAAAAGCAAGAGGAAAAGGUAUUCCUUUUGUAAAUUUUCUUAGAGUAAAUCUAGUACGUGCUGCCUUUGAUGGUAGGACUCGUUUUUAUAUUUCAGAAUUGGAACUUCAAGAUGCAGUGAAUUCUGGUGUUAUUGUAGAAUAUCGACCAGUUCUUGAGGCAUUUUUUUUAUUAACAGAUCCAGCGAUACAUUGUAUUGAUCCCUUAAGAUUUGGAAAAACUAAUCUAGGUAGAAAUGGAAUUAAUAGAUGUUUUUUGGAUAGUCAUGGAUGUAAUGAUGUUUGCAGACAGUUAAGGCUACCAACUCGUGGAUGA